AAAAUGCGGUCGGUACCUUGCCCACCCCCCACCCCCUCCCCCCUUCUCAACCCUUUCCCCACGGCACGUCUCCCCACCGCGAGAAGCUAUCGUCCAUCCCGUGCUCCAACAAGCGGAUAAGCCGACGAAUAAUAACAAUUUAAAAUGGUGUCCCUCAAUCCUGUCAGAGUGCUCAAACAUGAAGCCGAAGAGGAGCGCGGGGAGAUGGCCCGCAUGUCAUCAAUUAUUGGUGCCAUUGCUAUCGGCGAACUGGUGAAAAGCACAUUGGGGCCCAAAGGAAUGGACAAAAUUCUCGUUUCUAUGGGUCGCAAUGAAGGACAGGUUGAAAUUACCAACGAUGGUGCAACGAUUUUGAGGUCUCUUGGUGUUGACAACCCAGCUGCGAAGAUUUUGGUUGAUAUGUCUCGAGUCCAAGAUGAUGAAGUGGGGGAUGGUACUACAUCUGUCACUGUUUUAGCGUCAGAGCUUUUAAGAGAGGCUGAAAAGCUGAUUGAUCAAAAGAUUCACCCUCAAAUUAUUAUUGCCGGAUGGCGUGAUGCUACCAACGUUGCCAGGGAGGCCCUCACUAGUGCCUCCAGUGACAACAGCAAAGAUGAGGCUAAAUUCAAGGAAGACCUUUUAAACAUUGCUAGAACUACUUUGAGUUCCAAAAUUUUGUCUCAGCACAAGGAACACUUUGCCAAUUUAGCCGUGGAGGCUGUUCUCCGCCUUAAGGGCUCAGGAUCAUUAUCUGCCAUCCAAAUCAUCAAGAAGAGUGGUGGCCGUCUAGAAGAUUCUUUCCUUGAUGAAGGCUUUCUGCUGGACAAGAAGCCUGGUCUCCAUCAGCCAAAGCGCAUUGAAAAUGCCAAGAUCCUUAUCGCCAACACACCCAUGGACACUGACAAGAUCAAGGUCUUUGGAUCUCGAGUGCGAGUGGAUUCUAUGGCUAAGAUUGCAGAGUUGGAAGUUGCUGAGAAGGAAAAGAUGAAGGACAAAGUCGCCAAAAUCUUGAAACACAACUCUAAUGUGUUUAUCAAUAGGCAACUUAUCUACAAUUACCCUGAGCAGUUGUUUGCUGAUGCUGGUGUGAUGGCGAUUGAACAUGCCGACUUCGAUGGGAUUGAGCGCUUAGCCCUUGUUACAGGAGGUGAAAUUGUUUCUACCUUUGACAACCCUGACUUGGUCAAACUGGGUCACUGUGAUGUCAUUGAACAGGUCAUGAUUGGUGAAGACACACUCUUGCGCUUCUCUGGAGUGAAGCUUGGUGAGGCCUGCUCCAUUGUUAUCCGUGGUGCGACACAACAGAUUCUGGACGAGGCUGACAGGUCGCUCCAUGACGCUCUCUGCGUUCUUGCCGCCACAGUGCGCGAGUCACGCAUUGUUCUUGGUGGAGGUUGCAGUGAAAUGCUCAUGGCUUGCGCUGUCAACGCUGCCGCCGCCAAGACACCUGGAAAGGAAGCUGUUGCGAUGGAAGCAUUUGCCCGUGCCCUUGCUCAGUUGCCAACCACUAUUGCUGACAAUGCUGGUUAUGAUUCUGCUCAGCUGGUCAGUGAACUCCGUGCUGCUCACAGCCAGGGAAAGAAUACCAUGGGUCUUGACAUGGACAAAGGUAGUAUUGGUUGCAUGAAACAGCUUGGAAUCACCGAGUCCUUUGUUGUCAAACGCCAAGUGCUCAUGUCAGCAUCAGAGGCUGCAGAAAUGAUCUUAAGAGUUGAUAAUAUUAUCAAGGCUGCUCCUAGGAAACGAGUUCAGGACCGUGGACAUUGUUAGUCUUGGAAAUUAUUUCACUCAAAAGCAGGCUUCUGUUACUUUUCUGCAUUUAAGCUUCAUCAAGUUUCACUAUCAUCAUAGACUAUCAAACAUAUUGUGCCUUAACAUCCCUCUACAAGUUUGUGAUUGCCCACUUUGUGGGUAGAUAUUAAACAGCAAAAAAUUCUAUUUUCAAAUCUUAUUUAUUGUAUUGUUUGCACAUUGUUCUUACCUGUAUCUUCUGUAUUUUUAAUUUAAGUCACAAAAGACGUAUGAAUUAACUUCUGCUUUCUACUGUAUUAACUUCUUUCCAGUGAACUUUUCCAGUGAACAAUCUAUUAACAUUGACACAUCAAUGUGGUCACUUAUUUUAUAAAUGUAGUAACAUGCGUUUUUAAUGGAGUAAUGGAAAUUUCAUUGUGAUUUUGUAAUGUUUCAUAAAGAUACUUUUUUCCGUCAA